GGAGCGGUGGAGGCAGGCAGUGCAAGCGCGAGAACAAAGAGCAUCCAAAAAACGCACACGUAGCGCUUGCUGAUUAAGCAGGGAGGUAGCCAGCCCAGCCAUGGACUGCGGUGGAAGGCGUCCCUCCCAGGGUCCCGCGGCGACGGUCCGCUGCAGGCAGUGCAGCGCGGGCAUCACCGCGGCGCCCGGCGCCCGCGCCGUGCAGUGCAUGCAAUGCAGCUGCGUGACGCGCGUGCGUGGCCAGCGCCUGCGCCCUUCGCAGAUGAUGAUCCCGCAGCCGCCUCCGGGCUUCUGCGGCGGGCGCGGCAAGAAGCGCGCCGUGCUGAUCGGCAUCAAGUACACCGGCAGGCGCAACUGUGAGCUGAGGGGCCCCAUCAACGACGUCAAGUGCAUGAAGUACAUGCUCACCGAGCGCUUCGGCUUCCCCAACGACUGCGUCCUCAUCCUCACCGAUGAGGAGAGGAACCCGUGCAGGCUGCCGACCAAGGAGAACAUCCGCAUGGCGAUGCACUGGCUGGUGCAAGGGUGCAGCUACGGCGACUCCCUGGUGUUCCAGUUCUCGGGCAUGGGCGCUCAGGUCCCCGACGAGGACGGCGACGAGAGGGACGGCAUGGACGAGGCCAUCUGCCCCAUGGACUCCUGCCAGCAGGGGCCCAUCCUGGACGACGAGAUCAACGAGGCCAUCGUCCGCCCGCUGGUUCCGGGCGUCAAGCUGCACGCCAUCGUCGACGCAUGCCACAGCGGCACCGUCCUCGAUCUCCCCUACCUUUGCACCUCCAAGACCGGGUGCUGGAAGUGGGUUGACGAGCGCCCUCCUACCGGCGUCUGCAAAGGCACCAACGGAGGCCAGGCCGUGCUCAUCAGUGGCAGCAGCAACGGCAAGAGCAGGCCUGUCUCGAUCCCUGAUGCCUAUGCCACGAUGGGCGCCAUGACGCACAGCUUCAUCAGAGCUGUGGAGUGCCAGCCGCGUGCCACCUACGCCAGCCUGCUCACUUCCAUGAAGAACACCAUGCGCGAGGGCGCCGGGAACUGCAACCUGCAAGGCCCCGUCGGCUCCUCCAUCCGCAAGGUCGCCAACUUCAGCGGCGUUGAGGAGCCUCAGCUGUCUUCAGCUCGGGUGUUUGACCUCACCCGUGAGCCAUUCUGCAUGUAGAACCCGUGGCCGUCGACGCAGCCUACUGCAAUCGACGAAUUGCUACCUAAGCAUCGACCCUGUCGAAAUAAUCAUAUCGAUCACCGGGUUAAUCAACUAAAUACGAUGCUUUCUCUACUACUUAGUGUGACGAAUCACCUGCCAGGCUGCAUAUGCGCCAUCAACAAUGGAUCGGUACUAUCUCGUAGGCUCUCGAGGACCUGUUUCUCCAUGCCUACUGUACUGUAACAAGCUGUAAUAAGGCUCUUGUGUGUGUGUUGUCUCCUUAAAUAAAUCAAGUGCUACUAUAUACAGUAUGCUGCUUCAUAUCCAAAAGAUAUUUCAGAGCAGCACAGAUUGUGACACAACUAUGUUAUCAGAUGGAGUGAAAAAACACUGCGUACGUAUCACGCAGCCAUGA